GCGCGCUGCUCGCAGUACCGCGACAACCCUCGAGCUAAAAGCAUCGUAUCGAUGCUGUCGGUGACCCGUGCGUGAAUCGUGUCGUGAAACGUGAGAACCUCCUUCCCCUUUUCGUUCUCGUGAUCCGACCAAAUUCGUACGCAGUGCUGUGGCAGUGCGUCGUUCCUUUUUAUCUUUCACUGUCUCUCUCCACCUUUCGUUGUCGCACGUCGAAAACUUGCGUGAAAUUGCGGUAGACGCUCGCGCCAUUACGUGUCCCCCCGUACUUCGUUCGUUCUUCGACGAAAACAAUUGUAUUUACGGGUAUUCUUUACGAAUUUUGAGCACGAGUUUUUCUCGCAAUGUCUGUGAGUGAUAUGUGAGUUGUGUUCUCGUCGUUCUUCCCGUCUGACAUUGUUCAUCCUUCUCGGAGGGAAGGAAGGAGUGACAAGCCGAAUUAACAUCAAGCAUCGCGAAUAAGAUGCUUCACGGGACGUGGUUGCAGUGGUCGACGCUGCUUUUGUUGUUGCUGGGUACGCGGCUACUCUUGGUGGUCGCUCAAUGUGGAUCGUUCACUCAGGAUAGACAGGAGAAAGAGGACAAACAGGAUAAGCUGGCGCUAUACAAAGUCACUUUAAGGACUUACUGGUCGAGGGCGCGAUUUCCACGACAUUAUCCGGAAUGGAAACCACCGGCCCAGUUCGGCAAGCUGAUCGGUCGAACGCACAACUCCGCCUACACUUUGUACAGACUGGGGGAGAGAUUGUCGAGCGGGGUGAGGUUGUACGUGGAGACCGGGAGGACGGACGGGAUGGACGCGGACGGUGACUCGCCGAGCACCCUCCACUCGUUCACCGGGCCCCCCGUGCCCCAGGGGGAGGGGACAAGCGUGGCGCGGGCCUUCCUCGAUGGCAAUCACACCCUGAUAAGCGUGAUGGCACGCAUCAACCCCAGCCCAGAUUGGUUCGUCGGCCUCGACUCCUUCCAACUGUGCGUGGAGGGUAACUGGGUCGAUACCGUGACCGUCGAGCUGGAUCCGCUGGACGGUGGAACCGAUAACGGGUUCACAUUCACCGCUGCCAACUGGCCGACCCAACCCCAAGGAAUCGCCUACAGGAUCACGUCGCGGUAUCCGGCGCAUCCCGCGGGAAGCUUCUAUUAUCCCAAUCUACCUCGCCUCCCGCCCAUAGCCACCCUCACCUUCACCAAGUUACGCGAGUACACGUUGACGGAAACGUAUCACGAGGACGACGUCGAGGUGGAAUUCGUCAGCAACGACAAUCUGGUUGCGAGCAAUCCGACUCCUAGAGGGAUCGAUCCGAACAGGGACCUGAACGAGGCCAUCGCCGAGGAACGGAGGGAAAUGGACACUCAGAGAUACAGGUACUGGACGACGACGGGAAACGGUCAAACGGUGACCGAGGUUCCACGGGACAACAAGGCAGCUAUCAUGGACAGCAUCGCCUCGUCGUACGCGUUGCAGAGGCCGAGAUUCGGGGCGACAACGCCCCCGAAGCCGGCGAAAUCGGAGGGCAAGAGCGGUGGGUGGCCUUAUUACCAGAGGUACAAGCAGGCGGAGGCACAAAAGGCGCAAAUCUUCGAGGACAUCCAAAGGAAAAUGGCGAACGCGACGAGCGGGAACAGCAUAGGAGGCGUGCAUUCGUGGAAUUCGACCGACAUCGCGGGCCAACGCCAGCACAGGCUCAGGAUGAAGCAUCAUCGACUCACGUCCAAGGGGAAACGGCUGAGGACGCGUCCGCCGAGGGAUUGCAAGGUGGGAGAAUGGGGCCCGUGGAGCGCGUGCAGUCGUAGCUGCGGGGUAGGUGAGACGCAGAGGACGCGGAAGGUCACGAUAAAACCGCGGCGUGGCGGUUCGUCGUGUCCACCCUUGAAGGAGACCAAGUGGUGCGGAAGCGCGAGCCCCUGCACCGACGGCAAAUCCAUCCUGGACAGCUAUCAAUGGUAGUCGUGGUGAAACGAUCCCGCCAACGACGUACACGUCGACUCGAGAUGAUUUACCCCGAACGAUCUGGAACAAGUGGAGGAGGAGGAGGAUUGAGAGGGAGAAGGAGGGGGGCCCUGCCUGGGGGAAGGAUACCUAAGGCGAAGACGGGCGGAUCGUUACCAGCGGCCCGCUGGAUUGCGUCAAUAAAACGUCUAAACGUAGUCGUGUAGCGCCAAAGAUUUCGCGGGGGUGGAGAGACGCGUCGAUAUUGUGUCCGUCGACGAUCGAUCGAGAAUUGGAUUAUUCGUUACCCCCGUCGACAGUUUUUCGUUCGUUACGUUGCUCGUAUCGUAUAUGAAAUUGAUUAUUCCUCUCUUCCUCAAGGCUGGAGAUAAUUUUUUUUUCUUUAAGUUUUCCUUAAGCAAGGUGAGAAGUUGGAUUUUUCAAGGAAGAAAUAUCGCGCUGAAGAUUGGCCUAGUCGAGUAAUUCUGUACGACCUCGUUCGUGAUUGUUCAGAUCGAAUCGAGAGCGAUUUAGGAAAGUAUUUGAACAUUUCUUUUUUUAAAAAUCGGAGAAUUCCUUACAAUAUCUAUAACGAUUAGAUUGCGAAUUUUUAUGCAAAUUUCGUAUUUUUCAUUUUGCAAAAUACUACAUAUUUAUAUUUCCAUUAAUUUAGGAUAUUUGAAUUGCGUUCUGAACUGCUGCACAAAAAUCCGCAGUCUAUCACCGAUGAUAUAUUCCCUAUAAAAUAUAUAAAUUGAUAAGCAAUCCUAGAAAAAAAAACUUUUCCUCUAACGACCGUUCAAACGCUUUCCCUGGUCACUGUACAUAUUUUCCGCGUUCUUUCGGCGAGAGGAAAGCACGAGUCGAGUGUAUCAAAAACAGGACGAACGAGGGAUCGAUUGGAGGAUCCUUUUCAACGGUCCUCGAUCGAUCGCCAAUUCUCCUUGCGCGAUAUUUCUUUAUGUACCGACCGAGCAGCAAACUCUCGGGGAAACCUCGUAUCGUCCGCCGAUCCGUAGCUUCCACCCCCUCCCUUCCACCUCGAGUUAGCGCUCAGGUCCGCGGGUGUUGUAUCGGCGCGCCAUCCUCUCCCCUUGCGCAACUUGAAAAAGAGGGGACGAAGAGGAGGGACGAACGUUUUCCCCUGUUUAUUCAUCGUGCUCGGCUCGAACGAUCGAGAAGAAAACGAGAGACUACGAGAAAUCUGGAAUUCUCAGAUUAUCCAGCUAGGAAUAAAGAAUAAAGUUUCCGAAACGAACAGGGAUCCGAAAAACUCGAGAGCGUCCCACGCGGGAGGAAAAGAGGAAGGAAGAAAGGAGGAGGGGAAAAUUAAGGAGGAAGGAAGUGGAAGAGAGUUUUGCCGAAGGUUCGAAAAAUUGCCGACAAUUCCCCGGAGCCGAGGCGUUGAACGCAAUUAGCCGGCGACCGGUCGGUUGCACGAGGGAAACACCUCGUCUCGACCAGUGUGUGCGCGUGUAUGUGUGUAUGCAUGGACGACGUGUGUACGUGUGACGAAUGAAGAAAGGGAGAGCGGAUGGGAAAGUUUGGUCCGUGGAAAAUCCAACGGGUGGUUCGCGUGUCGAUCGACGGUCUUAAGGAGGCUUAAGUCCCCGUUUCCCUGGAUAUCCUUUCAUCCGCAACUAGCUUUGCAUUUUCUUCUUCUAAACUCCCUGUCCCGGGGCACGCGUGUUUUCGCGAGCUGGGAAACUUUAUUGAUUCUUGGUACGCCGGGUGUACUGCAAGUUUCGGGGCGAGGAAUUGGAGAAUUGUGCGUUUUUCUUUUCUUUUCUUUUUUUUUUGAGCGAGAGAAAAAGGAGGAGGUUUGAAAAAAAGCGUGAGCGGUUGAAAUCGAUGGUUAGAAUCGCCGAAUUUAUAGACACGGGUUGCUACGCUGCUUCUACGGUUCUAUUAACCUUUUAACCGAGUGCACUCCUCGUUCGAGUGGUGUUCGUUCGUUUUUUUUUAUUCGAAGAAUUUAUCGAUCCGGCGCCCUCCUUUCCCACGUUUCCACGUGGAUAGAAAUUCCGUGAAAAUUUGAGGAUAACUCUGAAGAAUCGUUAGUUGAGAGUUAUUUUUCGUGGACACUGCUCCGAGAGAAAUAUCAUCAUUCGCGAAAAAUUGUCUCUCGAGAACGAUUCUUGAGAAUUUUAUUCUCGAAUAAUAUAUAUAUAUACUCGUUGUCGUAUUUCGUUAUUAAUUUAACUCGAUUGUUCAUAGUUGUGUAUAAUACACGGUUAAAGGGUUAAAAAAAGCGUUCCCCCUAAAAAAUCAAUAUCGACGCGGGAAAGAGAUGCCCGUGCCACCCCUGUCGAAUUCACACAAAGUGGAAAGAGGAAGAACAAAGUAAAACCGAUUUCGAAGAAAAAGAAGAUUUCGAUUUUCCCGCGAAAUGAUCUUUUCGUUCGCGUCAAGUGCUAACCCGUUCUCGUAAAUAAGAGGAAUUUUUAUAAAGACUAAGAGAGAGAGAGAGAGAGAGAGAGAGAAAGAGAGAGAGACAAAAGAAAAGAAAAAAGAAAAGAUAUCAUCAGGUGCGUCUUAGGUGAGUGUAUUAUAUCUUUAGGCGUAAAUUUAACGAUAAUAAUUAACAACUAACGUUUAAUCGUAAAUUCGUUAAUUAAUAGGCUCUUGGUUAUUAAUGGCGCCCGCGAAGGGAUAUGCGCAACGGCUUGUCCUCCUCGCGUAUAUUGUAAUAUUUAAUGUAACGAGCGACGCUGCAAUUAUGUCCGUCGAGGGACAAUGCUCGUCGUCGUGCGUGGUCAUCAAGAAGUAUCGUUUCGAGUAAUUAAGAACGAUCAAAGGGGGAAAAAGAAAAGGGUUCGUUUCGACUCGAGGGGGCGCGCUCGUUCGUAAUUUCUUUUUUUGAUCGAGUUGUUCGAGCAACGCGAAUUCUCAAAUUCCUAGAAGAAAUCGUUUCGAUUAUUGAUUGAUUAGAAUUUAAAAAAAAAAAAAAGAAAGGAAGAAAGAAGAAGAAAAAUGGAAGAGAAGAAUCAAUAUAGAGAGAGUACAAAAAAAGAAAAAAAGAAAAGAAACAGUUGUCGAGAUUUUGUAGAAAAGUUCGACUACGGACUACGGUGUUACGAUUCGCGAAAUAAACAGAGGGAAAACAUUUUCGCGAGCUUAAUCCAUAGAACGAGAAAGUUGUUCGGUGGAUCGUGAAAUUUCUCGCGGUACAAUGCGUGCCGAUAGAAACACCGUUGAAAAAGAGAGAGAGAGGGUGGAGGGCCUUUUCAUUUCAAACCUGUGAAAGAAGAAGAAGAAGAAGAAGAAGAAGAAGAAGAGGAAGAAGAGGAGGAGGAAGAAGAAGAAGGACCAAGCCGUCGCAGUUUUAGCAGCAUUAAGGAUGAACGUUUUAUAAACUAAACGCUCGAGGGGACGCUUUCUUAACGAAAGUUUUCAACGACAAGGGGGGAGAGAAGGAGCAGUUGUACUUUGCCUAAGAAAUAAAAGCGCGAGAUAACAAGAGAGGAGGAUGUUACCAAAGAGACGCCCGUAUAAAUGUGUAUCUUAUCCUUUCCCACUGUCUUUCCUUCCUUCCUUUCUUCUUUUCUUCCUUUCUUCCUUCCAAACUCCUUCCCUCGAAAAACUUUUCCCCUUGAAUCUUUCGAUUCGAAGCUAUACUUAAUUACGACGUACUUCUAUUCUUCUGUUCUAUUUCCCUUCCUCCUCUCGCGAAUACGCUUCUUCCUCUCUUUCUCUCUUCUCCCUGAACGGUUCACGGAAGACAAUGACAAAUCAAUGAGAGGGGGCGACUAAGGUAAGGAAAGGAGGAUGAUUCUGUACAAGUCACUGUGCAUUCUAGCCUCUAAGGAUCUAGCCGAUAGGAUUAGCCGUUAAGCGAGGAAAAAAGGAAGAGAAAAAAAAAAAAAAAAAAAAACAUGUAGCAAUGUAUAACACAUAAGUUUAUAUUA